AUCUCAUCAACGAAUGUAAUGAAUUCAGAAAUCUCCAGUAACAAGAAUCUCUCGGAUUCCACAUGCCAGAGAAAUCACUCGUGUAGACAUGCGUAUUCUGAAACUGUAGCUGAUAUGAUUAUGACCGAAGAAGAUGAUCAAGAGUAUGUGAUUGCUUAUGCCAGCCAUAUUUUAACUCCUGUUAAACAAAACUAUAGCACUGUCAAACUUGAAUGCUUUACAG